AUGUCACCUCUCCCAGCCUGGCCGCCUGCGUUGUCUGAGGCUCAGCAAGCCGACCUCGCCCACCAGGCUGCGACAUACGCCCUCGCCAACGGCUUCACCCUCCUCCCCGUCCCGCCCAAAGGUGAGCACGUCCCGGCCAUCCCUACACAGGUCAUCGCCGCGCCGCUCUCUCUUCUGCCCACGCCCUUCCCGCGCCCAGCGUACGUGCAGGCCAAGAGUAUUCAGCGCCUCUACAAUGCGCUUUAUGCGCGUGUUGCACUCGAUUGGGAGUUCCUCGACGGGAUCAUGCAAUAUGUCGCGCCGGUUGACGACUUCCAGGCCGAGCUGUGGAACCGCUGGAAGGCCAUCCGUGACGAGAUCAAGGUGACGCAGCCGGUCCAACUCGGCAUCUUCCGCUCCGACUACCUCCUGCAUGAGCAGGGGAAUGCUGUCGGGGAGAAGUCGCGUAUCAAGCAGGUCGAGUUUAACACGAUCGCGGCGUCAUUCGGCGCGCUCAGCCAGAAGGCGAGCGAGAUGCAUCGCUACCUCUCCGAGCAGACCAACUACUACCACGUAAACCCGCAGUUGCACAACCCCAACUCGUUCGUCGACAACCACUCGCUCGAGGACAUUGCGGCCGGCCUGGCCGAAGGAUUCAACGCGUACGGGAACAGCGACGCGGUCGUGCUGUUUGUUGUGCAGGAGGGCGAGCGUAACGUUUUCGACCAGCGGGCGCUCGAGUACCAGCUUCUUAAGCGGCACCGCGUCAAGAGCGUGCGGCUGACGUUUGCCCAAGUUGCGCAGCGCGGGCAGCUGGACGACGACAAGGUGUUCUGGCUCGACUGUCCGCUCAGGGGGGAGCAACUCGAGGUCGCGUUGGUCUACUACCGUGCAGCGUACACGCCGGCAGACUACAUGAGUUCGGCGGAGUGGGACACGCGCGUGCUGCUGGAGCGCUCGACAGCGAUCAAGUGCCCCUCGAUGGCGCUGCAGCUUGCGGGCGCCAAGAAGGUGCAGCAGGUCCUUGCUGAACCUGGUGUGCUGGAGGAUAUGCUUCUGGGCAACGCGCGACCCGACGUCGGCUUUGGUGCGGGGCCAGGUUCGCUAGGAGCGCGCGACGCCGCGGCGCUGCGUGAGACCUGGACGGGUCUGUGGCCGCUCGACAGCAGUGAAGAGGGCACCAAAGCGGUCCAGCUCGCGAACGAGCAUCCCGAGCGCUUCGUACUCAAGCCCCAACGUGAGGGUGGCGGCAACAACAUUUACCGCGGCGACAUUCCGCCCUACCUCGCCAAGCUGGAGGAGGAGGACAAGUCCCGUCCUGGAGAGGCGCCGCGCCGCGAGGCCUACAUCCUCAUGGAGCUCAUCGAGCCUCCAAAGGGCGUGCACAACCUCCUGGUGCGCGGAGGUGAGGGCACGCCCCGCCUCGCCGACGUCGUCUCCGAGCUGGGCGUGUACGGUGUUGCCCUGUAUGGCGGCAAGGUGACUCCGGUCAACAGAGAGGCCGGGACGCUGCUCCGGACAAAGGGCCGGGAGAGCGACGAGGGCGGCGUCGCGAUUGGCAUCAGCUCGAUCGACAGCCCGCUCCUGGUGUAA